AAAAGAGGAGGGGUAAGAGCCAAGCAUCGGCUCUGCUCACAGGCUGGACUUCGAUGAAAUUUUGGUAAUCCAAGUUAAAUAUUAAACAGCGAUUUCAACAUUUUACCUUCCAUUGCACUCUUUGGCAAAAGCAGGGACUGCUUCAGACACAACAAUGGCCAGCUACAGUGUGGACCCAGGCCCUGAUAAAUUAUCUAACCUGCAGUCUCAGGUGAAUGAUGUAAAGGGGAUCAUGACACACAAUAUUGAAAAGGUUCUGGACAGAGGAGAGAAGCUGGAUGAUCUCAUCAUUAAAACAGAUGAUCUCCAAGCUACAGCUGAUUCUUUCCAGAAAACAUCCACAAAAAUUGCAAGGAAGAUGUGGUGGAAAAACACAAAAAUGAUUAUUAUCAUUGUAGUAAUUGUGGUUGUGAUUACCAUCCUUAUCAUCCUCUUAGCUACUGGUGUCAUCCCAACAUAAGUCUAUCCACCUCCCACUGAUAGAACCAGUUGCUCAAGCAAUUUCACCUUCUUGUAUAUAAGGCAUUUUUUCUCUAGAAAUGUGUAUUAAAUGCUAUAAAUUAUAAGGAAGCUUUGCAAGAUGAUGUAAAAUAAAUUUUAGAAAAUGGGUAAUAAAGCUACUAAUAUUUGAAAUUA